UUAUACUAAUUUAUGCAGUUUUAUUUUCAGUUUUAUGUCCAGCGAUGAUGAUGAAUCUUUCAUUAAACGCUGUCCUAAAUGUCAUAUACCUAUUGAAAGAGAUGAAGGGUGUGCCCAGAUGAUGUGCAAGCAUUGUAAACAUGUAUUUUGUUGGUACUGUCUUGCUUCUUUGGAUGAUGACUUUUUGUUGAGACAUUAUGAUAAAGGACCAUGUAAAAAUAAAUUAGGACAUUCCAGAGCUUCAGUAGCUUGGCAUAGAACUCAGGUUGUUGGAAUAUUUGCCGGUUUUGGAUUACUUAUGCUAGUGGCUGCUCCAUUCUUGAUCCUUGCUGCCCCAUGUUUGUUUUGUUGCCGAUGUAAGCAGUGUAGUAUGUAUGAAGAAGAACAGUCUGCUCGUUAAAUUUUGAAUGCAGUUCUACAUAC